AUGUCAGAAGCGCAGGCAUUGCAGACCCAGGAACAAGCAGAGCAAGCCCAGCGCCUAGCACUACUCGCACAGCAGCAAUUACAGCAGCAGCGGCAGCAAGCUCAGAGAGGAUCUCAACAAGCGACUCGUCGCAAGUUCAAUCUGAACGAUUUUAGGAUCCACCGCACCCUCGGUACUGGAUCCUUUGGUCGCGUUCAUUUGGUGCAGUCUCGGUUUAACUCUCGGUUUUAUGCAAUGAAGGUCCUCAAGAAAUCUGAGAUCGUCCGUCUGAGGCAGAUCGAGCAUACCAACAACGAGAAAAUGAUCUUGGAGCGCGUCGAACACCCCUUCCUUAUCAACAUGUGGGGCACCUUCCAGGACGUUCGGAACCUGUACAUGGUCAUGGACUAUGUCGUGGGAGGCGAGCUGUUUUCGGUCUUGAGAAAAACUCAGAGGUUUCCUGAACAUGUGGCACGAUUCUACACCUGCGAGGUUCUGCUGGCGCUGGAAUAUCUGCACUCACAUGCAGUCAUCUACCGCGAUCUCAAGCCUGAAAAUCUGCUGUUGGAUUCGAUGGGUCACAUCAAAAUCACGGAUUUCGGAUUUGCUAAGCAUGUACCUCAGAACAUGACCUGGACACUGUGUGGUACACCCGACUAUCUUGCACCCGAGAUCAUUCAGUCCAAGGGUUACGGAAAGGCUGUGGAUUGGUGGUCAAUGGGCGUCUUGAUGUUUGAGAUGUGCGCAGGAUUCCCGCCAUUCUUUGAUGAGGACCACAUCAAGUUAUACGGCAAAAUCAUGGCAGGCAGAGUCCGGUACCCACCUCAUUUCUCACCGGCGCUCAAGGACUUGUUAAAGAGAUUGCUGACAGCGGAUCUGACCAAGCGGUACGGGAACCUGAGGGGUGGCGCGACGGAUAUCAAGAAUCACGUCUGGUUCGAGGGCAUUAAUUGGGACAUGGUCUACUCAAGACAAGUUGAGGCACCGUAUCGACCAACCAUUCUUGGUGAGGGCGAUUCCAGUAAUUUUGACGACUAUCCUGAGGAUGCAGAGAAUUAUGGCGUAUAUCCUGCAGACGAGAUGGAUGAGCUUGGAAUGUACUUUCCAGGAUUUUAA